AUGGCUGCGAUGGUGCCAACGCAAGAUGCGUCGUCGCUGUUUUGCAGUGCGUCAGGUUUGCCUGAAUCUUCUUCGCCACCGUCCACCUCUUCACUUCGAAACUGUCCCGGAACUGCCGCACACUCUGGGGGGCAGCCUGCGGCGUUCCAGCCGCGGCACAAUACUAUUGCCACGCUCGUCGCGGGCGUGGAAGAAGACAGGUCUGUGAGCUCCCUUCCCUUCUGUGUGCGACGCCUGCGUGGACCGGGCCGAGUGCGCCGUGUUCCGCCAGGCACGGCGUACCACUCUGCUGGCGCCCUGCUGCGCCGCCUAUUGCGCUACAGCGACGAUGGCCAGGCGCGUGUGGAGGUAGUGCGUGAGUCUGCCGGCAGCGUGAGCCUUGGCACGGGGCACCUCGGAGGACGGCAGGCUACAGCAGCUGAAGAGCGGCGAGAGGAGAAGCAGCAGAAAAUCGCUGUGACGCAGCACGCACAGCUGAGCGUCCAAGAGACUAAGAGCAACCGCACGGGGAGCCAAGAUCGGCGCGAGCGUGCCGCCAUCUUGGCGAUGGAGACGGAGCGGCGAUGCAAGGCAGAGCAGGAGUUCAGGCUGUCGUCUCUUCUGCAGGCACUGCCACUGCUCCGUGUAGUGCCGCCACAGAGCCUGUUGCAGCAGGCCUACACGGAGGAGCUGGUAGCUGAGCCGGCGAGCCACGCACUCACGUUACCACACACCAGCAGGACUCUCAACGCCAGUAUAUCGAUAUCGUCGGCGGCUGUCAUGACUCACGGAGAUCAUUUGCCGUCGGGCGUGGCUAAUAGUAAGGGCAGCGACGCAGAUGGUAAUGGACGAAGCGCUGGCGGUAACAUUGGCCGGCAUGGUGCCGUAAUGGCGGCGGAUUCUUGCAUACGCGGCGCCAGCGGGCUCGGGCUCGGCUUGGCGGUUCUCCUCACCCCCGAGGAGGCGGCUGGGCUGCGCGAGACGCCGCUACGGCGAACACCAGCACAACCCACCAGUGCCUCCGGCAGCGGAGGCGGCGGUUUCGACAACGGGGAGACCCAUCUUUCCCCUUUGGUUCCUCUCAGCACUAACAAUAUCGCAGCGGCUUCCAGCAUAUCUCGAGCCCCACUCUCCACCCUCCGCGAGACGACAGGGUCAACCGGCGCAACAGCGACGAGCAGCAGCGCUGGCUUUGCAGCAGAAAAGCUGCCAAUGACCUUGGAAGAAGACUCUGAAAGUGCACAAGCAGCGGCCGCUGCUGCAGCGGCUCUCAACGGCAUCGUCAUCGACAGCGGGUUUGGCGUCACCAUCAAGGUUGGCGCCUCCUGUGACGAGCCAAACUCGCUCCGGUGUGUCGCGUGGGGUGGCUGCCGACCGCCGUUGCUGCGAGCGGUGGUGUGGCGGCUACUGAGCGACUACGCGCCUGCCGCUGUCCCGCGGCAGAAAGAGGAGUUGCAGCGCAAACGUCGUCAGUAUGAGAGUUAUACACGGCAGUACUGCAGUGCACUGACAAUGCUGUCGCUAAGGGAAUCGCCGUCGACAUUGCCAUGGACGUCACCGUUGCCACGGAUGCACGAGGGUAGUAGUGCUGCCGGCGUUGCUGGCCUUCGCGACGCGCCACCCCUCUCUCGGCUUCCCGGCGCCGGACUACCGCAGAGCAAUGGCCUCGGUCAGACGCUCAGCGGUGGCGCAUCGACCACGUCCGCGGUGGCGGUCUUCUCUCCAUACGAGCGUGCUAUUCUCUACCAGAUGCUGCUGGACCUGCCGCGCCAUCAGUCACCCAUCUUUCACGCCGGCCGCUCACUCGCAGGCAUGGCGCGCUGCUUAUUUCUCUGGUCCCAGCGGCACCCUGUUGUCGGGUACGUGCAAGGCAUGGACGACGUAGUCGCCGUGUUUUAUCAAGUCUUCCUCGCGGACGCGCUGCGGCAGUUUGCGCGGGGGUCGGAGCAGCCCACCACACAGACGCGCGAGGGCGAGCCGAGAAAAAGCGGGACAGCAGCGGCAGUGCGCUUUGAUAGCAAAAGUGACGAUAAAGGCGCCUGGCCGAGCGGCACAGAGGUGGGCAGCAUGGUCUGCGACACGGACACGGGAGCGGUGAUGCGUCUGCUGGUGUCGUCACUCUCUGCCACGGGGCAGCGGACCUCCCGGCCCUUCACAGCCGCCUCGACGCCGGCGGAGGUGGCUGCGCCGCCAAUCGCCACGACAGCGCUCAGCGCCCCUGCCACUCGGGCCGCCUCAGCCGCCGCGCUCUCUCCCUACCUUUCCGAGGCGGAUGUUGAUAUCUUGUUUGACACCCCCGCCGCCCUGGACGCGAUGUUGGCGGAGCUACCGGAGAGCUACCUGAUGCAGGUGGAGGGCGACACGUACUGGUGCGCCGGUCGUGUGCUGUCGCUGCUGCAGGAUAACUUCAUGCCGGGCCAGCCAGGCAUUUUACGCAAUGUGCGUCGCCUUGAGGCCCUCGUGCGCGCUGUGGACCCUUCUCUCACCGCCUUCCUGGACGGGUAUGGCUUGACUGUGAUGGAUGGCUGCUUCCAGUGGCUGCACUGCCUGCUGGCACGCGAGCUGCCACUACCACUGCUGCUUCGCCUGUGGGACUGCUACCUGGCGAUUGGGAUUGAUGGCGAUCGUGCACCAACGAUGGCAGCAACGGUCAGUGGUGCUCACGUGGCGACUUCUUUGCCCGCCGCCGGCAUGGCAGCACAGGAGUCCUGGGCGAGCGACGAGGAGAUCAUGCACUUCCACGUAUGUGUGUGCUGCGCGUUGCUCCGAAACCUGCGCACCAGCUUGCUCCGUACCGCUUCCCAUACUUCAACCUCAACUGCGUCACUAGUGCCUGGCGGAAGGUGGGGGGCGGCGGCGCUUGCCACAGUGUUGCCUGUCUUUGGUUCGCGUACCCCACAGCGCGAGGGAAACGGCGCGUCGGCAUCUUCAGCAGCGGAUGUGGGAGUACGUUUGGGCACAUCUUUGACAGCUGCACCACCCAUGGACGUCGUGAUGAAUACGCUGAAGCAUCCGUUCGAGGCGCUGUUUCCCCAGUACACGUCCGCCAAACAGCAGCAGCGUUCGGUGGACAGAGAAAACAGGGAUGCGCAGAGCAGCCUCCAAGCCCGUGCGAGCUCGACGGAGGCGGCGACGCGGUGGCUGGACACUCUCAUUGCCGACGCCUACUGUAUCUGGCGGCAGCAUCCGAUGCGUGGUUGA